AUGGCAUUCACAGGAACUCUGGAUAAAUGCAAGGCUUGUGAUAAGACUGUCUAUGUGGUUGAUAUGAUGUCCCUUGAAGGGGUACCUUAUCAUAAAUCCUGCUUCAAAUGCAGCCAUUGCAAAGGAUUUCUUUCGAUGAGCAGCUACUCCUCCAUGGAUGGAGUCCUAUACUGCAAACCUCAUUUCGAGCAACUUUUCAAGGAAUCUGGCAAUUUCAGCAAGAAUUUUGCACCAAAGUCUUCUGAGAGGCAUGGCGAUCUGGCCAGAGCUCCAAGCAAACUCUCUUCCAUGUUCAGUGGAACCCUAGACAAAUGCACCACUUGCUCGAAAACUGUGUAUCCUCUAGACAAGGUGGCAAUGGAAGGAGAAUGUUUCCACAAGUCAUGCUUCAGGUGUGCUCACGGUGGGUGCCCUCUUACACAUUGUUCCUAUGCUUCUCUUGAUGGAGUCCUCUACUGCAAGCACCAUUUUGCUCAGCUCUUCAUGGAGAAAGGAAACUACCACCACGUCCUCCAGGCUGCCGCUGCGCACAAGAAGAAUGCCACGCCGCCUCCUGCGGAGCCGGAGCCAAAGCCGGAAGCCGAGGACAAAACAAAUGAGCAAUCUUAG